AUGUCCGGUAACAACAUCAUUGGAAAUCGAAAUAGUACCCCAGAGGCCAAUAGCACCUCGUCCCUACGCCCACCCUCGUCCAGGACAAUCGGGUCAGGAAGCUCCCUUCGAGCCUCUGCCGACAUGACUGUACUCACAGGCUCAUCCUCUUUUAGUCGUAUUCGGCCUUCCUCCGAUUUUUACGGUCAGACUCAGCAAGGUCAUGGCCAAGGCAAUGCAGAAAAUGACUCUCACGAUAAGAUCGCACAGCAAUGGAUUGCCGAUAUUGACCAGUAUGAAACAACUUUGGAAGAAAUGGCCGCUGCAACUUUGGACCAGGACUUCAAGGGUGAGUUGAGUGCUAUAGAGCAGUGGUUCAAGGUCUUGAGCGAAGCAGAGCGGACAGCCGCCUUGUACGCUCUCUUGCAGCAAACCACUCAGGUACAGAUUCGCUUCUUCAUUCAGGUGCUUCAACAGAUGGGCAAAAACCACCCAAUGUCUGGUGUCUUGUCGCCUGCGAAUUUUGACAAGGACCCCAUGUCCAAUCGCCUCAGCGAUGCCAUGAGCAAGUUGAAUGUUGAUUCGGCCCGGAACUCCUUCUCCCGAAACUCAAUCAUAGCCUCCACUAAGCGAAACUCCGGCCUCGACCCUUCGACCAUUAAUGCUAUGUUUCCCGACGCUGCGGCAGCGAUAGCAACAGAGAAAGCAAAAUUCACACAGCAAACUGGAAACCCCCCAUCCUCGAAUCGCAACUCAGCCACCAUCGAUGCCCGUGUGUCCAUCUCAGGCGGACAAGAAGUCCGUGAUGCUGCUACGCAGAACCCAGCCUCCCCAUGGAGUGCCGGCGUGGUAACCGAGCCGUCACUUGCCAAAGCAAACACAUCACAGGUGCCCAUGGGCCAGUUUGUACAGCCGCCGCCUUCGGGUGGCCUGCGGUCCCCGCGGCCGCAGAUGACUAGCGGCGGCUCCAUACAAAGUACCACACUUACUGCUCCUGAAAAGAAUCCCGCUGACCUGCCUUUGUUGUCCCCAUAUCAGUCCGGUAGCGGUAACUGGGCAUCCAUGGUGAAUACCCCAAUGGCGGCGACGUUCAACGCCGCCAACACCGGUGGUAACCAAGCCGAUAUGGUGGCAAAUGCCACUGCAAUGAAACUAGCUGCACUCUCAACCGUCAACAAUCGUUUUGCCUUGGAUGACGUCCGCAAGUAUCGUCGUGCUAGAUCUAACGAGGCGCCGGGCAUCAGCCACGCUCAGGUAUCGCCUCCCAGCCAGGCUGUAAACCUAUCGGGUGCCAAUGUAGUGAUGAUCAAUGAGCAUGGUCAGGUUUUAACCCGUGAACAAGUGCUUGCUAUGCAAGCACAACAGAAUGGCGGGCUCGGAGGGCAAAGAUCCCGCCCCAGUUCUCCUGGUUUAGCGAUGCAUCAGACGUUGGGGCCUGUGCCGCAUUUUUCUUCGCCCCAACACAACGGUUUUUUGAGCGCCUACGAUGGCUCGUCAAGUCUGUUGGGCACUGGUAUCCCGGCCGUAAACUUAGGUCAUCUGGGUAUGACCGGUCACGAGGGUUACCUGUCAGACCAUUCGGAUAUAGUACGAGGUCGUUCACCAAGAGGUCGAAGGGGUAGUUCGAAGGCACCAGAAGAUCCGGCCGAUCCGACCUUACUCCAGGACAUUCCAAGUUGGCUGCGCAGCCUUCGAUUGCACAAGUACACAGAUAACCUGAGAGACAUGAAGUGGACAGAGCUCAUUGAGCUAGAUGACAAGGCGCUAGAGGCCCGAGGCGUCAAUGCACUAGGUGCACGAAGAAAGAUGCUCAAGGUUUUUGAGCAGGUCAAAGAAGCAAAAGCCGAAGGCAGGCUAUGA